ACAAUGAAAUUUUGAGGCUUUGACAUGUUUUCAAUUUUACUACGUUUUGUUGACGGUUAUUUUAGUUUUAUCGAUAAGGUGUUUUGUAGUUUUACAUAUUCAUGUUAAACAAUGGAGGGCGCUUACAGUGACAAAUAUUCUUUUAUUGGAGAAUGGUACGAUAAUCAAGCUUGCCUUAUUCGCCGGUUCAAUGUUUUCUACUAUCCUGUUGAUAAUACAUUAGAAAUGUACGAUUUAAAAAACCGGAAAACGUUUGUGAGAAGAGUAAAAGUUAACGGAAUCAAUUUGGAAAACUUUUACAUUGGGUGUACAUUGUCCAUAUUAGGACGAUUAAUUAAAAUUAUAGAUUUUGCUUGCGAAGAUACUAGAAAAUUAUUACAUAAAGAUGUGCAAGUUACCUUUGCAAUGAUCAAACCGAUGGCGACUAAUAUUGUGGGUAAGAUAAUAACGCAUUUAUAUGACCAUGGUCUACGAAUAUCGAAAAUGAAAAAAGCCAGACUAACUGCUGAAGAUAUACAUGUACUUUAUAGAUCUUUAGUUGGUGAUUCAACAUUUCCUUUUUUACUAGAACAUCUCAGUGGCCAGCUGGUAUAUGGUAUGGAGUUAGUGGGAAAGGAAGCAGUAUCAAAUUGUAUUAAAAUGCUAGGAGACAGAGACCCAUUGAAAGCAGAGCCCGGUACAAUAAGAGCUUUGUAUGGAAUUGAUUCUGUCAGAAAUUGUGUCCAUGCAGCUUCCAGCCCUGAAGGUGCAUUACAAGAUAUAGAGUAUUUUUUCCCUCCUCCACCAAUACGUGCUACAAGACUGCGUCUUACAGCGACAUUAUCAAACUGUACACUUUGCAUAGUAAAACCUCAUGCGGUACGAGAAGGGAAACUAGGCACUGCAUUAGAAAUAAUUGACGAAGGAGGUUUCGAUGUUACGGCUUUAAAUAUGUUUAUAGUAGAGAUGGAUAAUGCUGCAGAGUUUUACGAAGUGUACAAGGGUAUUGUUCAAGAAUAUAAGGGUAUGGUUGAAGAGUUAGCAAGUGGUCCAUGUGUUGCUAUGGAAAUAGUGGCCAAAGACAAGAGUGUGGUUACCGCUGUAGAGUUCAGAAAACUUGUUGGUCCCGCUGAUCCUGAAAUAGCAAGAUUAUUGCGUCCUCACACUUUGAGAGCUAAAUUAGGAAAAACGAAAGUGCAGAAUGCAAUACAUUGCAGCGAUUUGGAUGUAGACGGUUUACUAGAGGUGGAAUACUUCUUCAAAAUUCUAGAUCUUUAAAUUAAGGCUGACUACUUAAUUAGGUUUUUUUAUUUGCUUCAAAAGCAUCAAACAACAUAUAUGAUAUUACUAUAUGUGAAAACUCUUUGGAGGCUUUAAUUCUAGUCUAACAUUACUUUGAAUUUAAAUUUUGUAUUAUGUGUAUUUUUUGUCAAGAUUUGAAUUAAAGUCUCUAGCAGUUAUGUGAUGUGUGUGCUGUAACAAAUCGCAGUGUUUCCACUGUUGAAACACCUGUUUAAAAACAAUUACUUGAACAAAAACAUUUCCUGGUAACAUUUUCUGUUUAUGGUUGUUGUCAUAAUCAGAACUAUUGUCAAAUAAAGACUGAUUUUGCUAACUUUAUUGUGUUAUUUUAAAGCUGAUAUAAUAAAU